AUGCCUCCGAAGGCAAGAUCUGCUAAGCCUGCUAAGAUGGACCCUGCUGCUGCUGCAGUUCUGCUUGCGACCCCAACCGCGGGUCCUUCGUCAAGGCCGAUCUCAGCUUCUGCUGUUCCGUCGAAGUCGGCGCAUACGCUUUUUGCGGAAGAUGAAACGGAGUCCCUGACAUUGUUGGCCAAGCUGGCCGCCAUCAGGAUUGAGCAAGCUGCUGGUGGGAAGCAAGAUAAUGGCAAAGGGAAGGAUGCUGAUUUCAAGGAUGCUGUGUCAGACGCAGAGGAGGACCACUCGGCAGAAGAGGAAGAAGGUGUCGCAUCUGAUGUUGCUCGGCGUACUUGCUUCCUUGAUGAUGAAGAUGAUAGCCUCAUGGCGCAUGACCCAAAGGAAUGUUUUGAGGAGAAAGCGAAGGAGGAGCUGGCGGCGAAGCUGCGCUUUCCGCUCACUCUGCUGAUUCCCAGCGAUUACCUGCAGGAGGUUCGGCACACGCAGGCGACGGUUAAGGAAUUGCUGGGGAUAUGGGUGAACUCGACUGCGACUGUAGCCACGGCGACGACCAAGAUUGUCCUCAAAGACCCUGCGCUAGUGCUGGUCUCAACGGCCAGCAAUCGGGAGGAGUGGGUCUGCCUGCUGGAGUGCUGCAAGAAGAGGAAAGGUGCUUCCUUCGAGCAGGCUGCUUACCACGUGUUAUCCCAGCGUCACCGGGGGGUUCUGGUGAAGCAGGGUGCGGCGACGCGUGUGCUCAAAGCCAAUCUGAGCCUCCGCGUGCUGCGCAAGGAGUAUGGGAUCUAG